CGGAAAACUACGGCCCGGUCCGGCUUGUCGCCUCCGACUCCGGCGACUCCGCGACUGCGCACUUCCAACUACGCCGCCGCCAGAGCCGGAGCGAAGCUGCCGACGAAGCAAGCGUGCCUCCCUUCCCUCUCCCUCGGUCGACCAGAUGGACGGCCGCGUGAAGGUGGUGGGGCAGGUGGAGUGCGUUGACGGAGCGUCGCUGACCUACGCGGAGUUCGUCGACCGCUUCAUGGCGCCCAACCGACCCGUCGUCCUCACGGGGCUCACCGCGUCCUGGCGGGCCUGCGAGGACUGGACGCUCCCCGGCCCCGGCGACCGCCGUCGCCCUGACCUCAGCUUCUUCGCCCGGAACUUCCCCUCCCCUCUCGUCCAGGUCGCUGACUGCUCCUCGAGGGAGUUCACGGACCAGAAGCGCCUUGAGAUGUCCAUGCAGGAGUUCAUAGACCAUUGGGUUGGAGACGCUCACGGUGGCUCCAGUGCUGGGGAUCGCGAGAGCUCCCUGUUGUAUCUGAAAGAUUGGCAUUUCGUUAAGGAGUACCCUGAUUAUGUUGCAUAUACUACACCAACAUUCUUUGUUGAUGAUUGGCUCAACAUGUAUCUUGACAGUCACCCUAUACAUAGAGAUUCUGACAUUGCCAAUCAUAAAAAUGAAAUAAACUGUUCGGACUAUCGGUUUGUUUACAUGGGAGAAAAAGGAACUUGGACUCCUCUGCAUGCUGAUGUUUUUAGGUCAUACAGCUGGUCAGCAAACAUUUGUGGGAGAAAACAAUGGCUGUUUCUACCACCAUCACAAAGUCAUCGUGUAUUUGAUAGGUACAUGAGAUCCUCAGUCUAUAACUUAAAUGAUGAUGUUUCUGAAAAGCUUUUUCCUGAAUUCAAUAAGACUGAAUGGCUAGAGUGCAUUCAAGAGCAGAAUGAAAUCAUAUUUGUUCCCAGUGGAUGGUAUCACCAAGUACAUAACCUGGAGGAUACUAUAUCUAUAAACCAUAAUUGGUUUAAUGCCUACAACCUGCACUGGGUGUGGAACUUGCUUUAUGAAGACUACAAAGUUGCAAAAGAAUAUAUUGAAGACAUUCGAGAUAUAUGUGAUGAUUUUGAAGGGCUUUGCCAACGGAACUUGGCGGCUAAUACAGGGAUGAACUUCUAUGAUUUCUUCAUUUUCAUUGUGCGGUUUGCUUUAGCCAAUGUAAUUGAGCUUUACCAUGUUCAGCAGCCAGAGGUUGCAACAUUUUCAACAGAAACUGCACACCAUUUUGUCUAUAAUCUGAAGUCAAUUCGUAAUGUUGCAUCAAAAAUGCUAACUACAGAGGCUUUCACUACUGAGAAUCUUCGUAGUAUUUCUGAAGAUAACCGAAAUGCUUUCUCCAAUGUCAAACAAAUAUUAGAAGAGGAGAGUUUCAGAAGGCUAUUGGUGAUACUGUCAAAGGUAUAUGAACACAUAGACAGAGGGCAAAGAAUUUGUCUUAAAUCUUCUACUUCAUAUCAGAAGAGCUGUUUGUCAGUGAUCUGCUUGAAAUCUGAUUGCAAUGUCGUUGAUCACAUUAUUUCUUUGAUCGGUGAAGUUUGUGUACCUGCAGAUUUGGUGACACUAAUUGAUAGUGCUCUCUCAGAUGGAUAGUUGUUAGUCCAUCUAGCAUGGUAAACUUGUGCUUGCAUGAAUCCUAAUUAGUGAGACAUGAUACAUAUUUGAUCACUGUUGGAUUCUGACAGCCUGUCAGUUGGAGAAUAAAUUGCGCAUUACAUACUUAUUGGUUGUCUUUGCAGUGCUCAUGUUUUAUGACGUAAACUCCAAACAUGAAGUUUUCUGAUGUACAUUUGCAUAACAGUGGAAGGUCAAAAGAUUGCACCCUUUUGUGGCAAUCGGGCUGUUUAAUUCUUCCAUGCAGAAGAUGUCAUUAAGGAUGUAAUUAUUGGUCAAAUCACUCACCUUUCUGAGAAUUGCAUUCAAGUUGGAUGGACAAAAUUCGCACUGCUUAUAUAUCCAAAUGAUUUCCAAAUAUUUUGCUACAUUCAACCUGUCAUAUAUGACAGGUUUAGAAUCUUGAGAAGACAAGGGUUAAAAGCUGUUUUGUACAGUCAAUCAAGGCUUGAGCGAGUAUUCAGCUGUGUUCUAAAGAUGUACUGUACUAUAAUCUGAUGAAAAGUUUUCCUGGGGCGAUUGCUGCACUGCAGGAGCAAGAACACCAAAUUAUAAUUAUUGCUUGUCAGGUGCUCAGAUCCAUUUGGGGACUAAGCAGCGGCAGUAGGGAGGGACAUGGAAACAAACAAGUCUGCUGGGUUUCCACUCCGAAUGUUGCUCCUGUCUCCUCCUGGCACUGCCAUCCCUUUCACCUUUCCAGCACCACGACGUGGCCCUGUCUGCUGGAUUGUUGGCCGUUGCUGCAGUCCUAUGAUAUGCACUGUUCUGUUUUACCAGACAUGCUGAGGCACAAGAACAGGAGGAGCCACUAUAGAUUUCUCCAUUCGUCAAGCCUUGAUGGCUGCAACUGCAAGUGAUCGAUCUAGAACCGACAGGAGCUUCUCGGUUUCGCCGACAGAUAGCUGGGGCUCUUAACAACGCCGCAGUGAAUCCUGUCGCCUGUCGCUCAUUAUCCACCGGCUAGCCGUUGCAGGCCGAUGUCGUUGCAGCUGUUUGCCUCUGAACCUAAUGGAAGCAGCAGGGCUGUAAUGGCGUGCUUAAAUACCCCCUGUCCACAGGCAGAGGGGUUCGUCACUUCGUUGCAGUGUUUUUGCCUGCAAUUGCAGCAGCUACCCGUGCCCAUCCCACAUAAUGCUAGUACUCCCAACAGCAAGGGACAAACGGUUGUGCUGCAAGCUUGAAGCACCAACCCCCAACCAAACACACGGAUGUGGCAGAGGAAUGGAAACACCAGAAAAGGCUCGAUGUCUCUGACCUCACUUCUUGGCGGUCUCUCGUUCGGACUUGGCAACACGCUUCACGCUUGGCUAGUUGGCUCCAGCGGCUGCCAUGGCAUCCACUCUUUUCUGCUUUCAGUGGCUGGCUCUGUUCCUCCUUACCUGUAGCUGUACGCUGUAGAUUCCAGUUCUAGUCGGAAGCAGUGAACUGGAGCAGACCGACCGGUGAGGUGGGUCCUGGUGUUCCGAGUGUUGUAAGGCUGGGGAAACGGGUGGAUUAGAUGCUUGUGCUUUACUGCAACAUGGAUGAUGUGUAACUUGGACGUGAAGGAAGGGACAAGUGCCUUGGGAGGAAAAAGAAGCAGAAACAGAAACUAUAUGUAUACUCCCUACUGCUACAACUCUCCAGAUUCUGAAGGUUAUUAGUAGUACAUACCAUGGCAUUCGCCUAAA